GUCCUUCGAUUAACUGAAAGACAUUAAACAAUCCAGCAUUAUCCCCUGCCUACAAUGUUUCGACAUCUCCGGAAGUGUACCCAUCAGUACAGUUCGUUCAGAUCACGUGCUGGGGGGUUACUCUGCUAGUAGCUAAGUUAGGUGACGUACGUAACUACCCGGUGUGCACGAUGUCCAUUAUAUGACCCGCGCAGGCACCGCGACGGACACGGCUCUCAGCUCUAAUGGCGUCCUCAGCUGAUCCAGCCACAGAACCGUACGUGGUGGAGGACUGCCGCGGCGUGCUGCAGCUCCUCAGCGACGGCACCGUCGUGCGCUCUGCGGCGCUGCCCUUCCCCGCCGGCAACGACGACGGCUUGGACAACGACGGCCGCGUGGAGUGGAAGGACGCCGUGUACGACGCCGGCCGCGGCCUCGGCCUCCGCAUGUACAAGCCCGCCGCGGCCGAGAAGAAGCUCCCCGUGCUCGUCUACUUCCACGGUGGUGGCUUCUGCAUCGGCUCCUACGCGUGGCCCAACUUCCACGCCGGCUGCCUCCGCCUCGCCGCCUCCCUCCCCGCCGUCGUCCUCUCCUUCGACUACCGCCUCGCCCCCGAGCACCGCAUCCCCGCCGCCCACGAGGACGCCGCCGCUGCCCUCCUCUGGCUCCGCUCCCAGCUCGCCUCUGACACCUCCAACCCGUGGCUCGCCGACGCGGCCGACCCGCGCAGAGUGUUCGUGUCCGGAGAGUCGGCCGGCGGCAACCUCGCGCACCACCUGGCCCUCCGUUUCGGCGCCUCGGGGCUCGACCCCGUAGCACACAUCGCCGGGUACAUACUCCUCAUGCCGGCGUUCAUGUCGGAGCAGCCGACGCGGUCGGAGCUGGACUCGCCGGCCACGGCGUUCCUGACGCGGGACAUGUGCGACCGGUACGGCCGCCUCUCGUUCCCCGCCGGCGCCAACAGGGACCACCCGCUGCUGAACCCGCUGGGGCCGGAGAGCCCGAGCCUGGACCCGCUGCUGGACGUGGCCAUGCUCGUCGUGGCCGCGGAGGGCGACCUGCUAAGGGACAAGAACGUGGAGUACGCGGAGCGGCUCAAGGCGUUGGCCGCGGAGAAGGGGAAGGGGAAGGAGGAGAACGUGGAGCUCGUCGUGUUCCAGGGUGAGGAGCACGCCUUCUUCGGGGUCAAGCCGAUGUCCGAGGCCGCCGGCGAGCUGGUCCGGGUCAUCGGGCGGUUCGUGGCGAGGUCCGGGUCCGGCACGGGCGGCGGCCAGAUGAGUUGAGCCGUCACUGUCGUCCGUGUGGCGUGGAGCUCAAUGUGUUGUCUUCUCAUUUAUCGCCCGACAAAUAAUGGAGGUACCAAUGUCCACAUGUUCAUUGAUCGGGAAAUAAUUGUGAUAAUUGCUUGAUAUAGUUGCGAUUUGGUAACGUCAUGGAUGGUGGUGACUGGUGAGAGCUUGGCUCAUGCAAUUCUGCUUUUGCGUUAAA